AUGAUGAUUGUGGCUAAUUACUUAACUGCAGGAGCAUUAGCAAUAGCUCAUACCAAUUUCAGCACAGAUCAAUCUGCGCUUCUUGCUCUCAAGGCUCACCCUCAAAACAUCUUGACCGCCAACUGGUCCUCUGCCUCCAAUUCCAACAUUUGCAACUGGGUUGGCGUUACCUGCUGUGCUCGCCACCACAGAGUCACGGCCUUAAAUAUCCCGUACAUGGGUCUUGCCGGACUUAUUCCUCCGCAUCUUGGCAACCUCUCAUUUCUCGUUGAGUUGGGCCUUCAGAAUAAUAGUUUUCAUGGUCCCCUACCCCAAGAACUGCCUCGUUUGUGCCGGUUGAAGGCGAUUAACUUUGGAAACAACAGCUUUAUGGGAACCAUUCCUUUGUGGUUUGGGUCCUUUGCUAAACUUCAAACCAUCAAAUUGUACGAUAAUGACUUCUCUGGUUUCAUACCCGCUGCUAUCUUCAACUUAUCUGCACUCGAAAACAUUUACCUGAUGAGGAACCAACUAUCGGGUAGCAUACCCAGAGAAAUAGGCAACUUAACAAUGGUGAAGGGCAUAUACCUUGACGACAACAAGUUCGAAGAACUUCCGAACGAGAUAGGCAGUUUAGGUCAGCUGGAGGAGUUGUUUGUGCAGGACAAUGCCCUAAAAGGCUCUGCUUUUGUGCCUGUCCUUAACAUAUCUUCUUUGACUACUUUGGCUUUAUCCGAAAACAACAUGAGUGGUAUUCUUCCGGACAAUAUGUGUGAGCAUCUUUCGAGUAUUCAACGAUUUUCUUUGAAUCAAAACCAGCUUGACGGUCUGAUUCCCUCCAAACUGUGGCAAUGCAAAGAGCUUCGUGUAAUUGCAUUAGAGUCUAACAAUUUCCGUGGGAGCAUACCCAAAAGUCUUGGCAAUUUGACCUACUUAACCGAGAUUUUUCUUCGUUUCAAUAAUUUAACAGGUACAAUACCGGAUGAGAUUGGUGAUCUUCCGCAAUUAGAGGUUUUGAGACUGGGUGCUAAUAAUCUCAAUGGUGUCAUCCCAUCCAAGCUCUUCAAUAACUCCAUGAUUAGAGUAAUAUCGCUUACUUUAAAUCAGCUCUCAGGUGGCCUCCCAGCAAACAUAGGUUUUAACGUUCCAAACCUAGAAUUCUUUUCUGUAUCCUCCAAUAACCUCGUGGCCGGGACACUCCCUAACUUCUCCAAUGCUUCCAAGCUCAGGGCCCUAGACAUGGACACAAACUCUUUUACCGGGUUUCUUCCCAUCACGCUCUGUUCCUUGAAAAACCUUGAGCGUCUUGUCUUGUUCUGGAAUCAUUUGACGAUUGAUGCUUCUACUCUCUCUUGCUUGUUUAAUCUUAGAAAUUUGACACUACUAGACUUGGGAGGUAAUCCAUUAAACACCACGAUUCCAGCUUUUCGUGGGAAUCUCUCUACGCCACUCACAUAUUUUGAUUUAAGCAUUUCCAACAUCAGGGGUAACAUUCCCGUUGAUAUUGCCAACUUGAGCAGCUUGAUAGAACUACAUCUGGAAAUCAAUCAGUUGAGCGGAGCAAUUCCAACUUCAAUACAAAGGCUACAAAAUCUCCUAGGUUUGUAUUUGCACAAUAACGAACUGGGAGGACAUAUCCCGUAUGAACUCUGUCAACUAAACAACCUAGCCGAGUUAGGUUUGGGUCAUAAUCGGCUCUCUGGUUCUAUUCCUUCCUGCUUGGGUGCGUUGGCAGUAGCUCUAAGAAAUCUAUCGUUAGAGUCCAAUUUGUUAACUUCAAAAAUACCAUCUUCCUUGUGGGAACUCAAGUAUGUACUGCACCUAAACUUGUCAUCCAAUUCUCUAGUUGGACCACUCUCAGAAGACAUCGGAAAGUUGAAAGAAGUGGUGGAUAUAGAUUUAUCAAAUAACCACUUCUCCGGAAACAUUCCCGGUAGCAUUGGUGGUCUUCAAAAUAUGAUUAAUUUGUCCUUGGCAAACAAUUAUUUACAAGGCCCUAUUCCUAGUUCAUUUAAAACCUUGCUAAGGCUAGAAUUCUUGGAUUUGUCCCAAAAUAAUCUAUCUGGAGAGAUCCCAAAGUCAUUGGAAGCACUCUUGUAUCUCAAGCAUCUGAAUUUGUCUUUCAACAAACUCCAGGAGAAAUUCCAACCGGCGGGCCUUUCUGAAACUUCUUUGCUGAUUCAUUUGUAUCCAACGGUGCGCUCUGUGGUGCUUCCCGACUCCAUGUUCCACUGUGCAAAAAUAGAACAAAAGCACGGGGGGGGGUUUGGCUCAGUAUACAGAGGAACACUUUCAGACGGGAUAGAUAUCGCCAUCAAGGUUUUCAAUUUACAGCUAGAAGGGGCAUUCAAGAGUUUUGAUAAGGAAUGUGAAAUGCUAAGCAAUAUCCGUCACCGAAAUCUUAUUAAAAUCAUAAGUUGCUGCGAUGAACUUGAUUUCAAAGCCCUGAUACUUCAAUUGAUGCCUAAUGGAAGCCUCGAAAACUGGUUGUAUUCUCCAAACCGCUCCAUGAAUAUCCUGCAGAGGCUGGAUGUAAUGAAAGAUGUUGCAUUGGCACUGGAAUAUCUUCAUCAUGGUUACUCGGUACCUAUCGUUCAUUGUGAUGUGAAACCAAGCAAUAUACUAUUAGAUGAUGAUAUGGUUGCACAUGUUGCUGAUUUUGGCAUUGCAAGACUCAUCGGUGGUGGAGAUUCGAUGACAGAAACCAUGACCCUAGCCACAGUUGGAUAUAUGGCUCCAGAGUUUGGGAUGGAAGGAAGCGUUUCAACAAGAGGGGAUGUGUAUAGUUUUGGUAUUGUACUCAUGGAGACAUUCACAAAAAGGAAGCCAACGGAUGAGAUGUUUGUUGGGGAAAUGAAUUUAAAGCAAUGGAUUGCAGAUUCAUUAUUUCCAGAUGCUGCAAUAGGUGAAGUUGUGGAUGCCGAUAUACUUGGGGCGGAGGAAGAUGGUGAUUUCGUGAGCAGGAGGGAUUGCUUAGCAUCCGUUAUGAGAUUAGCUUUAGCUUGCUCUGCAGCAUUGCCAGGAGAGAGGAUUAAUAUGAAAGAUGCCGCAAUCACACUCACCAAAAUCAAGACUAAGUACUUGAAGGACUGUGGAGGAGUGAACUCUUAGUUCUUUUUGUUGUCUAUAUUUUCGGAUCCAUUUUCUUAUUGUUGUUUUCAAUCUGCAAAGACUACUUUAUUUGCUCAUAGUGACGGAUAUGACAAUACGACGAUAUUCCUAAAAUUGAAAUGCCGAACCUGGAUUUGCCAA